GGUGCCUUUCCCGAAGCAUCAAGUCAAUCGUCGAUACCUUCCCAUCUGUUGAAAGUGAAUACACUAGCGCUAUGCACCCUCAAGAUUUAUAUUGGCUGCCGACAUAAUGUCGCCAUCCAGCUCCGUACUUAUCCCUUUCUAAAUAAAAUAGAUGAAUAUUCAAUGUUAGGUACCUACCCGAUACAAAUCUAACACCAUGGCUGGAAGAAAGCGUACUGCCUCUAGGGCGAAUGCGACGAAUGCGACGGCCUCAAGAUCCACACGAUCAACCAGGUCCAACACAAGACGUUCCGAUGUUCCAGAUAUAUAUAAUCAAAUGCUUGCCGAUGUCGAUAUACAACCCCAUACGACGCUGUCCGAACGACCGUUGAAAAGACGGAAGCCUAGCCAAAAGAAUGAUCAUUCCCCCAAGAAACCCGAUCCCCCCAAAGCGAUAUCAAAGCCUGAGGAUGUGGAUGAUGAUGACGAUGUUCAAUUUGAGGAUGUGCCACUCCCUGCUGCCACUAUGCAGACGGUGUUUAGGGAUUCAGAUGAAGAAGAUGAUGACGAUGAAAUUCAAUUCGAAAAUGUCGAUCUCUCAAUUCCUUCUUCGAAUUUGGAUAAUACUGAGGAUGGCAACAAAGACCUUGAGCUUAACUUCUCGGCGCGGAUGGCCGCAAGCCCUCGAAAGUCCGCGGAUAGGCGGAAGCCAAUCAGCAAAGAAGAGAAGGGCCGUCGCAUGGAAAUACACAAGAUGCAUAUUCUGUGCUUAUUAGCUCAUGUCGCUCGUAGAAACCGAUGGUGCAACGAUAAUACUACCCAGAAAACAUUACGAAAACUUCUAACGAAUAAAAUGAUCACCUAUCUCAACCCAAGCACCCAACUUAGUCAAUUUGGACGUGCUAAUUCUCUCAAAGAAGGACUGCAACAAGUAGGAACCAUGUUUAAGACCAAAUAUCAAGUUACCGAGCGUGGGAUUCGAAGAUCACUUUGGGCUGACAAUGAACAACAUCUUCAAAAUUAUAAACUCCCAGACGAUGCAGAGACGCCCAUGGAAAAAGACGAUUUUCGCGAAGCCGCAAAAUCCCUUUGCGGCUCACGGGAUGUUGGCGCUCAAUUAUAUUGUGCGCUGCUCCGAAGCGCUGGUGUUGAAGCUAGGCUUGUAUGCUCUCUUCAACCUCUUGCCUUCACUCCUGGAGGACCCCCUUUGGGGAAGCCACCGAAAGCGAAAGGGAAAUCGUCCAUAGUAGAACGAUAUGCUCAGCAAUCAAAGAGAGAGAAAGCCCCUGACUCGCCAGCAGAGAGUAGUAGUAGUAGUUCUUCAGUGCUUAGGCGCCUGGGACACCCGAAAGCUGCGGCCUUUCAUCUGCCUACGAUACCGACGGCCCCUUCGCCUCGCGAAGCUCCACCGAUCUCCAAGAAGAUCCGAGAAUCUCCCUAUCCUAUUUACUGGGUUGAGAUACUCGAUGAAGCCCACCAAAAAUGGCAACCUGCCGACCCGUUGGUGACUUGCUCGUUCUGGAAACCUCAAAAUAUGGAACCGCCGGCUUCUGAUAGAGAAAACAGUAUGACUUACGUUGUUGCCUUCCAGGACGAUGGCACAGUAAAAGACGUAACGCGUCGUUAUACGAAAGCUUAUAAUGCGAAAACAAGAAAGAUGCGUAUUGAAAGCGCAGAGAGUACCGGUGAAAAGUGGUGGCAGAAAACUCUCCGAACGUUCUCUCGUGGCUUUCCUACAGAUCUAGAUCGGAUCGAGGAUAGUGAGUUGGCAGAUAAACAGUUACGAGAACCGAUGCCUCGUAAUAUUGCCGAUUUUAAAGACCACCCAAUUUUCGUUCUUAAGCGGCAUCUUAGACGAAAUGAGGUUCUUGUGCCGAAUGCUCCAGCUUCAGGAACAGUAGGUCCCGGUAGUACCGGCCCCCUGGAGAAGGUUUAUAGGCACAAGGACUUGCGAAUUGCCCAUAGUAGGGAUAAGUGGUAUCGCAUGGGUCGAGAAGUCCUCCCAAACGAGAUACCUGCUAAGUUUCUCCCUAAACGAAAAAGACCGAAGUCGGACUUAUUUGACGACGAUGAAGGGGACGACGACCCUAGUGAACCAAAUGGGAUACCAAUCUACACGUUCGAUCAGACUAAACAGUUCAAGCAUCCACCUGUCGUUAACGGUCAAGUACCAAAGAACCGAUUCAGGAACAUCGACCUUUACGUGCCCAGCAUGGUACCCGAGGGCGGUGCAUACGUGGCGGAUGAGCUCGGCGCCCGGGCUGCAUUUAUACUUGGGGUUGAUUACGCCCCUGCGCUUACCGGCUUUCAGUUUAAGGGGAGGCAGGGCACUGCAGUCUUACAUGGAGUAGUCGUUGCCGCGGAAACUGAGGAGGCUGUCCGCGCUGUGAUUUCCGGUAUAAAGGAUCAGGCUGCCGAAUUAGAGAAGGAUCGACGAACCCAAGUAGUCCUUAAAGCUUGGAGACUCUUUUUAAUGAGCCUCAGAGUCCGGCAACGAAUUUUCGCAGAUGUUGACUCCGAAGAUGAGGGUGAUAACCAAGAAGAUAUCGAAAUAGACAAAGGCAAAGAAAUAGCACACGAACACGAUUCAGAGGAUGAAGAAAAGCAGAGCGAGAACAGUGAUGAAGGCGGCGGCUUUAUGGUUGACGAUGAAUAUGCCGGGGGAUUCAUGGUCGACUAAAGAUUCCAAGGACUGUAACCUUAAGAUACCCAGCUUAUGAUUUGCCAUCUGCAGUACCUAGACGAAUAUUGCUUUGAAAUUGAAGGAGU